AUGGAGGCCGAGAGGGCAGUCAGCACCUCCAUGUGUUCACACCCUCUCCACAACUCCAUCACAUGGAUGAACACAGGGACACACGUUUCGGAAACGCUCCUCAUUAACUUCAGAGCUGCAGCAUGUCAGCACGAACACGCUGAUUAUCUCUCUCUGCUGCGCUCCACUGACUCAUGAAGUGAAACUGUGGUUGACGCUCUCUGUGCAGGAUGGAGGCUGUGGCUCUUUUCUCUUUCACAGCAUCAGAGGCAGACGAGAUCAGUUUCCAAAGAGGAGACAUCAUCAAGGUGAUAGAAAUGGAGGAAGACUCUUGUUGGUUCACUGCUGAGAUUGAGGGGAAGCGUGGAUUCGUACCUGAGAACUACAUCUCCCUUCGCCCUCAUACCUGGUUUGCAGGAGCAAUAUCAAGACUGGAGGCUGAACAGCGACUGCGCUGGCAGGAUACAGGAGUGUUUCUGGUGAGGGAGAGUGAAUCAGCUCCAGGAGAGUUUUCUCUCUCCGUCAGCUACGGCGACAGGGUGGAGCACUUCAGGGUCCUGGAGGGGGGCGGUCAGUACUACAUCUGGGAUAAGGCGUUCUGCUCUCUGAACCGCCUGGUGGAGUUCUACAGAGUGCACAGCAUUGCCGUGGAGAAAGUGGUCCGCCUCAGGGAUUUCCCUUCAUCCCCUCACCUGCACUCACAUCCUGGACGUAUCCCCUAUCCCAACCCCUAUAAAAGCAGCUCCUUGGAGUCGAUCCCCUCAGCCCACCUCCGCUCCAACCCUUCUCCGAGAGAGCGACAGACAUCUGCACAUUCACUGAAACCAGUUUUAGAGAAGCCCCGGGUGGCUCGUGCUCUCUGUGACUACACCCCCUCCCAGACUGCCCACCUCCACUUCCAGCGCAAUGAAAUCAUUGACCUGCUGGACUGUUCAAGCUCCCUUAGCUGGAGGGGCCGCUGUCGGGGUCGUGUCGGCAUCUUCCCUCCAGAGUUUGUCCAACCACUGCACCAUUAACUCCAUAUCAGAUGUUCAAUAUCAUGGCUAUGUCUCUGAGGCUUCUCAGUCAGUUAUGAAUGGCACCCUGGGCACCCUUGUCCUGUAACUAUUCACAAGUUUGGAGUAUACAGGAGAUCUUUGACCAUUCCUCUUUGCCUAAUCUCUCCUACAUAUGUGUGCUUUAAGCGUUAAAUAACAAGAACCACUUCAAUAAAUACAAGGUUUUCCAAGUAAUCCUUAAAAUUUUGGAACAGUACUACAACAGUAGUUUAACUUCUUCUGUUUGUUGUGUUUUGUAACAAAAAAAAAGACAAAACAUUGUCCAUUUGCACUGGACAUUUAAAGAAAACAUUUCCAAUGUCCAGAUUGGAGGACGGUCUCCUGAAACCACAAUUCCAAUAAGGAAAGAUGGACGUUUUACACCAAACCCAACCGCAAAAUUCAAUAUGGCUGCUGUGCUUUUGCAAUAGCUGCAGUAAUAAAUUGUUUACUUGCACUUUUGGUAGUUAGUAUCUCUUUAAGUCUUUUACACACAUGCAAAUAUGUACAACCUCUAUUUGUGAACACAUUCCUUUAUUAUUGGAGUGCAUAAAAUGUAGAAACACGUAGUUAAGUCCAACAUUAUGCACACCCUGGAAAAUCUAGGUGUAAAUUAAUCUUUUAAUUUUACCAACAAUUUUCUUCUGACUGGUAACAUUAAUGUUUUGAAGCCAUCUAGCCAGACUCUCGACUUAAAUCUGAUAGAGAAUCUAUUGAGGGAGCAAAAGAUUAGGGUGAUGGCAGGCAUGCCUUCCAAUGUCAAAGACCUGGAGCUCAUCACCAAAGAUAAAUCGCCAUGGUACCAGUGGAGACAUGCAAAAUCUGGUUGACAAUUAUAAGAAGGGUGUUACUGCCAUAUACCAAUAAAGAUUUUUCCAUUGAUUUUUGA